CAAGACUUCCGAGCUUUGCAUAAAACAGAAAGGGACAGGCAGUGGGAAUGUUUCCUGUUUGCCACAGAACAGGUUUGGCAGUGGCUGAGGGAGAAGCAGUUCUAUGGAAAGCGGCAACGGACACUUUUCCUCUGUGAAAAAAAUGGACCCUUUCAAAGGACCUUGUCCUCAUCAGAGUGCUCCUGUUGAGACUGAUGAGAGCAUGACAUCCUCCAGUCUGGACUUGGUCUGGCCUCCUUCUUGUAAACAGUGCACACGCCAAGCAGAGACCAGCAACAGGCCACAGAACCAUGACUGUGAGCCAAUCAGGGGAGCAGUCAAAGCCGGACAGAGGAGACUCGCUGAGAGCUGCUACCAGCAAGAAUCCAGAGCAGACUGCAGUGCUGCUCCGGAACCUUGCUUUACACCCCAAAAGCACUCGGGACACAUGACACCCCCCCGCCCUGCAGGUGUCUGGCCUCAUGGCCUCAGAGAUCAGGCACCGCAGUAUGAAUGGGCGCACAGCGUUAACCACAGUAGAGGCUUUGCAGGCCCUUCAAACUGGUCCAAGGGCUGCUCCGUGGAGGAGGCAGAAUGCUUGGAAGUCCCUUUGCCGCUCAUGUCUGCAGCAGAGGGCCACUACCCCUACUUUGUCCCAUCCCAAUUCCCUGCAGCCCAAAGGCCUGCUCUGUGCCCCAAUCCAAUGCAAGGGAGUAGUCUCAGACAUUGUGCAUGUCACAAUCAUAAUUAUUGUCAUUAUAAGCAUGAUCACCCAGCAGAUCCACACCAGGAGCCUCAACACCACCACCAGCCCUGGAAUGCCUCCCCAAAAAGACUGCAGCCUAAAGACGUUCCCAAUGCCCCCCACGGGUGUCCACCUCAGUGUGUGGCGCCUUCUAGAGAUGUGAUGCAUGAGGUCAGCGUGGAUUUCUCCUCCCAGGCAGUCGUAGGAACCGCCAAAAGGGAGAUCAAGAAGACCAUCAGUCUACCUGAGGAGUGUAGGAAUGUUUUCAUCACAUAUUCAGUGGACACAGCCAAGGACAUUAUUCUUUUCACCAAGUUUCUGACCGAUCAGGGAUUCAAACCAGCAAUUGACAUCUUUGAUAAUCCAAUUAGAAGAAUGGGCAUUACUAAAUGGAUGGACAGAUAUUUGAAUGAUAAAUCAAUGCUUAUCAUUGUGGUCAUCAGCCCCAAGUAUAAAGAGGACGUGGAGGGAGGUGGAGAUGACGACCACGGCCUGCACACUAAAUACAUUCACAAUCAGAUCCAAAAUGAGUUCAUCCAACAAGGCUGCCUGAACUUCAGACUGAUACCUGUCCUGUUUCCUAAUGCAACUAAGAAACAUGUCCCCAACUGGCUGCAGAGCACCAGGAUUUACCGCUGGCCCCAGGACACGCAGGACCUGCUGCUGCGCCUGCUCAGGGAGGAGCGCUACAUAAUCCCACAGGGCGGGCCGGAUCUCACCCUCACUGUCCGUCCCCUCUGAGAACGGAAAAGUGACGGAACCCAAUGUGGGUGUGACUUUCACAUGCUUAGUGCAGACGGGCACUCUGGCAGCAGAUGAUCUGUACAGUCUUUUCAUUGGUAUAAUAUUUCUGGAUUCUGCUCAUGUACCGUGCUGCUGGCAAAUGCAAGCAGAACAUAUCAUGUAUCAAAUAACAAAUCAUGCUUGAACCUGAUUUAAAAUUGAUUAAGAACAUUAUAUUCCACAUCUGGAUUGAAAAAGAGCACAGAAGCAACUUCUCUCAUGUUCCCAAAUUCCCGCUUUCAAACUGUGGCUCAGGUAAUUGUCCUUCACCUGGAAGGGAUUAGUUUCUGUCUGAAGAACAGAGGGUUACAACGAAAUAAGCUCUGGCUUCACCCCGUCUCUUAACUAAGAAACAGCCCAAAGUGGGCGAUCCCCGUGUGAACGAACUAAAUUCCACAGCGACCUUUUGAUAUCGUAUCCUGAGCAGAAAGAGAGAGGGGCUGAGUGUUUUGUGUGUGUGGUUUAUUUAUAUCUGUUGUAUUGUGCUGCUUCUUUAACGAAGAUGUGGACUGUGCUCUCAUGUCUUACAUCUCGAAACCUUUCUUUAAUUAAAAAACAACAUGCACACAGGUGCCUGGAGUUUGACACAGCAAUAUCCAUUUGCUCUGAUAGAUCUGACAGGGCAGCUGUUACUGGACUUUGUAGUUUGCACUUAUUUAGAUCAAGCAAGAUUUACGUAAAUCUUCAUUAAUUCAUUUAUUGGCCACUUGGAGGCAGCGGAACAAACCUGACAGAAUAUCAUCUAAUUAUAAUAAUGAUAAUGAUAAUAAACUUCAUUUGUAUAGCACGUUUCUAAACAAUGUUAUAAAGUGCUUCACAAGGAUAAAAACAACAAUGAAAUCAAACACUGAUUUAAAAUUCACAUAGAAUAUACUAGUAUGAUAAAGUCAAUAUGCAUACUUUUACAAAAUAUCUGGCUCUAAUAAUAAUAAUAGUAAUAAAUUUCAUUUAUUAGCACUUUUCAUUGCUAAAAGCAGUCUCAAAGUGCUAUAAAUAACUCACUUUGUGUGCAGUGCUGAUAAAAGCUGGAGGUGAGAGGAACUGCAGCGCCACAUAAUCGUUUGCCGUGGGUUCAUCGAUGCAUGUGGUCCCUUUCACGUUACAUAGUCAUUAGAUGCUUUAAUAUAUAUAUACAAAUAUGUAUUCAGUUCAAUUCAAUUUUAUUUGUAUAGCACCAAAUCACAAGUUCACAACAUACAUUAUCUCGAGGCACUUUACAAAGUGAGGCCAAGAAUCAUCAGGAAUUUAUCAAUUAGUGCAAUCAUCUUUAGGUUCACGCUAUUAUAACAUAUAGGAACUGUUAUGAUAAUUUAAAAAAUUUGGAUUUUGUACUUUUUUAUAAUAUAUUGUUCCUUCUGAAUGAAAUGAUUAGAAUGUUAUAAAAAGCCUAGAUUUGUACCAGUGCCAUACUCCACAGUGCACCAUCUGGGCAUUUCUUGGCGUAGGUUUACCAAAAGGUGGCAGCAUGUCCCACAUAAUGAAACGCUCCAGCCCUGGGGAUCUAUUCAUUGCAACAGCUAUCGUUUCCUUUAACUUAAGUUUCCAAUUGCUGAUAUUAUGUUUUGGUAUUAGUUUGGUCUGAAGUGGGGGCACAGGACUAUCUCUUUGUUUCACACCACCUCCCUGAGACGCCACCGACAGCCAACGUUUCCCUCUGAACCUGACAUCCUUUUCGCCGUCAGUGCACAGGCCUGUUUAGUCUGUUUACCGAAACCUGACGGAAAAAUGAUUUGCUCCCAGCAAUGUGUUUGAGGGGAACUCCGGUGAUGUCCAGACUUUUAUCAACUCCUGCAUGAGGGUGAUUUCUGUAAACACAUGUCCUGCCAGAACCAAUAAAUCUGAUGUUUGUUAUUGUUCUAGGAUUGCCGUGCCACUCGCCUCGGCCUUAUCUGGUGAGUCCAGAGCAGCCAGACACAAGGCCUGGAUCCCCUAAUUCAUCUACAUGUAUCAGGCCUAUUGAGGUGGCCUAUAGGGAUAAAAACAACCGUGUUUCAUGAAGGAUCGAGAAAAAGAGCAGAGAAGGAGUGCGGGUUCCUUAUUUCCAGUGGAAAUCAUCUUUACUGAGGGGCAUGAAUGUUAAAGGAACAGUUCGCUCCCAUUUUGUAAGUUCACCAAAACACGUGCUGAUGAUGCCCCACAGUUCCAUCCUAACUUUUUCACAAAAACUAAGUAAGGAGAAAAGCAAUAAAUUACCUUUUUUUAUUGACAAACA